UUAUUAUUUAUUAUAUUUAAAUAUAUAAUACCAGUUAUAUAUAAGACUACUUAAGUGCAACGUUAAGUUAGUGUUGAAAACAAUCAAAACGCGAGGACGUCGAGAAUGCCUGGAUUUUCCGAGUCCUUCGAAUGGUCGCGAUCGAUCGAGGAAGCGGCGCGAUCGAAAUUUUUCUCGGAUCCGCGACUAUCUCGCGAGAAAGACUGUCGCUGAAUCAACCCUGCCCUUAUUUGAAAAAUAAAUUCGAUCGAUCAAGAAUCGAAUGCAGCUCUUCGUGACAGGAGAGCGGAUUCGACGUGUUGAGUGCAGUCAUCGUGACAUCUGAGCCUCGAUACAAGACGAUAUCGAAAUGCGCUGUGCGUCAGGAUACGUAUUUCUGACGAGUUUGUUGAUGGUGCUAAGGACUCGCCGAAUGGGCGCGGCUGCGGAGGAGUCGGAAUUUCAGAACAAAGUGCCCGUGAGAUUAGUCUGGGCCACCGAAGGCGAUGAUGUGGAACUGCCAUGCGACAUCACAUCACCGAUGCCGGAGGAUUCGGUUAACAUGGUUCUCUGGUUCAAGGACAAUGCUGGAAUACCGCUCUACAGUUUGGACGCGAGAAACGGUAGCUUGAUUAGCGCCAUUCACUGGGCGGUCAGCGACGAUCUCGGAAGACGAACAUACUUCCAGGUUGGCGAUGGUCAUCGAGCGAAAUUAAAAGUCACCAAAGUGACGUUGAAAGACCAGGGAGUCUUCAGGUGUAGAGUGGACUUCGUGGACUCUCCGACGCGAAACUUUCGCGUGAACUUGACUCUAGUUGAACAGCCAAGUAAGCCUGUGAUAUAUGAUGCCCAAGGACGAGAGGUGACGGGAGUGGGUGGUCCCUUUCUCGAGGGUUACAAUCUUGCUUUGAUAUGUCAAGUGGCUGGAGGUAAACCUAAGCCCUCGGUGACAUGGUGGAAGGACGGUGAGCUCCUGGAUGGCGUAGUCGAUACUUCAUCUAUCGGCUCGUCGAGCAGAUUUACAGAGAAUCACUUGUUCAUCGACACAGUCACUAGAUCACUGUGGGGAGCGAAACUCGAAUGCAGGGCUCAAUCCGGACCAAUGGAGAAACCUAUCGUUCGUGAAGUGCCUCUUGACAUUUAUCUUAAACCAGCAAUCGUGAAGAUUGUUUUGAGCGAGGAACAAAUUUUUGCUGGUCGUCCAAUCGCUGCCAGAUGCGAGACGUGGGGUAGUUCUCCAGCGGCUAGGAUCAUUUGGAGACUCGGCGAACACGUAAUGAGCGAUCCCAACGUAUCCACCACACAAAGGAGUAAUUCGACAGUAAGCAAGGUAGCUUUAGUCCUUGGCAAGGAUGACGAUGGCAAGGAACUAGUCUGCCGGGCUGAAAAUCCAAGAUUUCCCGGAGGAGUGCUUGAAGAAAUUAAAAUACUUCGCAUCUCUUAUGCUCCAGUAGUUGUCGCUCGUUUGGCUAAUGGCUACAUCUUGGACACUUUGAGGGAGGGCGACGAUCUCAAGUUGGUCUGUGACGUUCAGAGCAAUCCGCCACCGACACAAGUGACUUGGUACCACAAUAAUCAGCGGCUGGAGCACGACGUAAGCGCCGGAAUUCUGCUUCGCUUAGCCAUGAACGCUGUGGGAGAAACUCACAGCCCGCCGCUUUUUAUUCACAUGAAAUACGCACCGAGAUGCAGAGAAGAUAACGAGAGAAGAGAGAUCACUGUUGCUCGACACGAGACGGUAUUGCUCAAAUGCGAGGUGGAAGCAUUGCCUGACGACUAUGUACGAUUUUCAUGGACUUACAAUGGCACUGUUGGCGAUGUUCUACCUAUGCCAAACUCGAGAGUCGAAAAUAAAGGGCUCGUGAGCAUGCUAGAAUACACCCCUAACACCGAAACUGAUUACGGUACGUUGGCUUGCUGGGCGAGCAACGGCAUUGGACGGCAAAGGACACCCUGUAUAUUUAACAUCGUACCUGCUAAACCACCGCAACCACCAUUGAACUGUGCGUUGCACAAUGAGACCAGCUCGCUGGAGGUUAAUUGCAUCCCAGGAUCGGACGGCGGGUCGCCGCAACACUUUUUGUUGGAAGUACGAGGGUCUCUCAGGAGUUCUGGGAUCGGCCAUAUCGGAACUCACACCCUUCAAACGCCUCAGAGCGAUCAAGGAAUGGUCGGGGAAUCUCCACCUAUAUAUCAAGACAUGAAUCCGACUCCGAAUUUUCAGCUUCAUGAUCUUGAACCAGGCUACGAUUACACGGUAUAUAUUUACGCCAUCAACGGACGUGGCAUGAGCGAACCCGCUCUUUUGGAACACAUUAGGGUCGUCGAACCUAUCGGUGGAAAGAUGGAGAGAAGCGGGAUUUUUUUGGAAGAUCUGAAAAAGGCGCUACCGCAGGCGAGCUCCGAAAACAUGAUCAUCGCUAUUGCACUGGCAGGCACAGGUGCGAUAGCGUUGAUCCUUAUCGGUAUUGGAGUGAUCAUCGGUGUGGUGAUCUGCAGGAAAAGAUCGAAUACUCCUGCUAUAGAAGGCCCCGACGAUUUUACUACACCGACCUACGUUCCAGCCCAGAGAAUUGAACCUAGAAUCAGAUAUUCCAACGAGAAUAGACGUUCUCAAAGGGCGAGUCUCUACGUUGAAGAAAAUCGAAAAGAACCAGAUUUAUUACAUCGAGUGGAGCUUGACUUGCAAGAAUAAAUCACGUGAUUCUGUACAGACACUAAUAAUCAAGACGAAAAGUGCAAUGUUAAAUAAAAUUCCAUACACUACAAAAAAAGGAUUGGCUGCUGCAGCAAAUUAGAUGGUAAA